CGCCUCCUCGUCGCCGUCCUCCUCCUCCUGGGCCCCGGCGUCGGGGGCCGCGCACGGCUCUGGAAGAGACGUCGCCUCCCUUUCCUCCUCCUCCCCCUCGCAGUGCCGCUCCCGCCUCCUCGUUCUGCGCUGCGGGCUCAGGCGGAACCCGGAACGGCCGUCCGCCUCCCCCGCCCUCCGCCGCCUCCUCCUCCGCCUCCCAGUCCUCGGCUUCCUCCUCAGCCCCGGGCCGGAGCGGAGUGUCGGCGGCGGCCGGUUCGGGCGGCGACUCGCGCUUCUUCGGGCGGCGGCGCUUGGCCAUGUCGUGUCGGGGAAGGUAAUGAGCCGCAGAGCCCCGGGGUCUCGGCUGAGCAGCGGCGGCGGCGGCACCAAGUACCCGCGGAGCUGGAAUGACUGGCAACCCAGAUUGACUUGAUGCAAAACAUCACAAAGGCUCCAUAUUAUACAGUAUGCGAUUUUUGAGAACUGAUAGUGCAUCAGCCGACCCAGAUAAUUUAAAAUAUUCUUCAACCAGAGAUAGAGGUGGUUCUUAUGGACUGCAAUCUUCACAUUCAGCUGUGGUGUCUCGGCAAAGGCACGAUGAUACCAGAGUCCACGCUGACAUACAGAAUGACGAAAAGGGUGGCUAUGGUGUCAAUGGAGGAUCUGGGGAAAAUACUUAUGGUCGGAAGUCGUUGGGGCAAGAGCUGAGGGUUAACAAUGUGACCAGCCCUGAGUUCACCAGUGUUCAGCAUGGCAGUCGUGCGUUAGCCAACAAAGACAUGAGGAAAUCACAGGAGCGAUCGAUGUCUUAUUCUGAUGAGUCUCGACUGUCGAAUCUUCUUCGGAGGAUUACCCGGGAAGACGACAGAGACCGAAGACUGGCUACUGUAAAGCAGUUAAAAGAAUUUAUUCAGCAACCAGAAAAUAAGCUGGUACUAGUUAAACAAUUGGAUAAUAUCUUGGCUGCUGUACAUGAUGUGCUUAAUGAAAGUAGCAAAUUGCUUCAGGAGUUGAGACAGGAGGGAGCUUGCUGUCUUGGCCUUCUUUGUGCUUCUCUGAGCUAUGAGGCUGAGAAGAUCUUCAAAUGGAUUUUUAGCAAAUUUAGCUCAUCUGCAAAAGAUGAAGUUAAACUUCUCUACUUAUGUGCCACCUACAAAGCACUAGAGACUGUAGGAGAAAAGAAAGCCUUUUCAUCUGUAAUGCAGCUUGUAAUGACCAGCCUGCAGUCCAUUCUUGAAAAUGUGGAUACACCAGAAUUACUUUGCAGAUGUGUUAAGUGCAUUCUUUUGGUGGCUCGAUGUUACCCUCAUAUUUUCAGCACUAAUUUCAGGGAUACGGUUGAUAUAUUAGUCGGAUGGCAUAUAGAUCAUACUCAGAAACCUUCGCUCACACAGCAGGUGUCUGGCUGGUUGCAGAGCUUGGAGCCAUUCUGGGUAGCUGAUCUUGCAUUUUCUACCACUCUGCUUGGUCAGUUUCUCGAGGACAUGGAGGCAUAUGCUGAGGACCUCAGCCAUGUGGCCUCUGGGGAGUCUGUGGAUGAAGAUGUUCCCCCCCCAUCAGUGUCCUUACCAAAGCUGGCAGCACUGCUCCGGGUAUUCAGUACUGUGGUCAGGAGCAUUGGGGAACGCUUCAGCCCAGUUCGAGGUCCUCCGAUUACUGAGGCGUAUGUCACAGAUGUUCUGUACAGAGUAAUGAGAUGUGUGACGGCUGCAAACCAAGUGUUUUUUUCUGAGGCUGUGUUGACAGCUGCUAAUGAGUGUGUUGGUGUUUUGCUCGGCAGCUUGGAUCCUAGCAUGACUAUACAUUGUGACAUGGUCAUUACAUAUGGAUUAGAUCAGCUGGAGAAUUGCCAGACUUGUGGUACAGAUUAUAUCAUCUCAGUCUUGAAUUUACUUACAUUGAUUGUUGAACAGAUAAAUACAAAACUACCAUCAUCAUUUGUAGAAAAACUGUUUAUACCAUCAUCUAAACUACUAUUUUUGCGCUAUCAUAAAGAGAAAGAGGUUGUGGCUGUAGCCCAUGCUGUUUAUCAAGCAGUGCUGGGCCUGAAGAAUAUCCCUGUUUUGGAGACGGCCUAUAAGUUAAUUUUAGGAGAAAUGACUUGUGCCCUAAACAACCUGUUACAUAGUCUACAACUUCCUGAUGCCUGUUCUGAAAUAAAACAUGAGGCUUUUAAGAAUCAUGUAUUCAAUGUAGACAAUGCAAAAUUUGUAGUUAUAUUCGACCUCAGUGCCCUGACGACAAUUGGAAAUGCCAAAAACUCACUGAUAGGGAUGUGGGCGCUAUCUCCAACUGUAUUUGCACUCCUAAGUAAGAAUCUGAUGAUUGUGCAUGGUGACCUGGCUGUUCACUUCCCUGCCAUUCAGUAUGCCGUGCUCUACACGUUGUAUUCUCAUUGUACCAGGCACGAUCACUUUAUAUCCAGUAGUCUUAGUUCUUCAUCCCCUUCUUUGUUUGAUGGAGCUGUGAUUAGUACUGUAACUACAGCUACAAAAAAACAUUUCUCAAUUAUAUUAAAUCUUCUGGGAAUAUUGCUUAAGAAAGAUAACCUUAACCAGGACACAAGGAAACUGUUAAUGACCUGGGCGUUGGAAGUGGCUGUUUUAAUGAAGAAGUCUGAAACAUAUGCGCCUUUAUUCUCUCUGUCAUGUUUCCAUAAAUUUUGCAAAGGACUUUUGGCCAACACUCUUGUGGAAGAUGUGAAUAUCUGUCUGCAAGCAUGCAGCAGUCUACAUGCUCUGUCCUCUUCCUUGCCCGAUGAUCUUUUACACAGAUGUGUUGACGUUUGCCGUGUUCAACUAGUCCAUAGUGGAACUCGUAUUCGACAGGCAUUUGGAAAGCUGUUGAAGUCGAUUCCUUUAGAUGUUGUCCUAAGCAAUAACAAUCACACAGAAAUUCAAGAAAUUUCUUUAGCAUUAAGAAGUCAUAUGAGUAAAGCACCAAGUAACACCUUCCACCCACAAGAUUUCUCUGAUGUUAUUAGUUUUAUUUUGUAUGGCAACUCUCAUAGAACAGGGAAGGACAAUUGGUUAGAAAGAUUGUUCUAUAGCUGCCAGAGACUGGAUAAGCGUGACCAAUCGACAAUUCCCCGCAAUCUCCUAAAGACAGAUGCUGUCCUUUGGCAGUGGGCUAUUUGGGAGGCAGCACAGUUCACUGUCCUUUCUAAGUUAAGAACCCCACUGGGCAGAGCACAAGACACGUUCCAGACAAUUGAAGGUAUCAUUAGAAGUCUCGCAGCUCACACAUUAAACCCUGAUCAAGAUGUCAGUCAGUGGACAACUGCAGACAACGAUGAAGGCCACAGUAGCAACCAGCUUAGACUUGUUCUUCUACUGCAGUAUCUGGAAAACUUGGAAAAAUUAAUGUAUAACGCAUAUGAGGGAUGUGCUAAUGCAUUAACAUCACCCCCCAAGGUCAUCAGGACUUUUUUCUAUACCAAUCGCCAAACUUGUCAAGACUGGCUCACUCGGAUCCGACUCUCUAUCAUGAGGGUUGGAUUGUUGGCAGGCCAGCCUGCCGUGACAGUGAGACAUGGCUUUGAUUUGCUCACAGAAAUGAAAACAAAUAAUGUCUCUCAGGGGAAUGAACUAGAAGUAACCAUUAUGAUGGUGGUAGAGGCUCUGUGUGAACUUCAUUGUCCUGAAGCUAUACAGGGGAUUGCUGUCUGGUCAUCUUCCGUUGUUGGAAAAAACCUUCUCUGGAUUAACUCAGUGGCCCAACAGGCUGAAGGGAGGUUUGAAAAGGCCUCUGUGGAGUACCAGGAACACCUGUGUGCUAUGACAGGCGUCGACUGCUGCAUCUCUGGCUUCGACAAGUCUGUUCUCACGUUGGCCAACUCUGGGCGUAACAGUGCCAGUCCCAAACAUUCUCUGAAUGGUGAAUCCAGGAAAACUGUGCUGUCCAAACCAACUGACUCUUCCCCUGAGGUUAUAAAUUACUUGGGAAAUAAAGCCUGUGAGUGCUACAUUUCAAUUGCUGACUGGGCUGCUGUACAAGACUGGCAGAAUGCUAUCCAUGACUUGAAAAAGAGUACCAGUAGUACUUCCCUCAAUCUAAAAGCUGAUUUCAACUACAUAAAAUCACUAAGCAGUUUUGAGUCUGGAGAAUUCGUUGAAUGUACUGAGCAAUUAGAAUUGUUGCCAGGAGAAAAUAUCAAUCUACUUGCUGUAGGAUCAAAAGAAAAAAUAGAUAUGAAAAAACUGCUUCCUAACAUGUUAAGUCCUGAUCCAAGGGAACUUCAGAAAUCCAUUGAAGUUCAGUUGUUGAGAAGCUCUGUUUGUUUGGCAACUGCUUUAAACCAUAUAGAACAAGAUCAGAAGUGGCAGUCUAUAACUGAAAACGUGGUAAAGUACUUGAAGCAAACCUCUCGCAUAGCUAUUGGACCACUGAGACUUUCCACUUUAACGGUUUCACAGUCUCUGCCAGUUCUGAGCACCUUACAGCUGUAUUGCUCAUCUGCUUUGGAGAACACAGUUUCUAACAGACUUUCAACAGAGGACUGUCUUAUUCCACUCUUCAGCGAAGCUUUGCGUUCAUGUAAGCAGCAUGAUGUGAGGCCAUGGAUGCAGGCAUUGAGAUAUACCAUGUACCAGAGUCAGUUGUUGGAGAAAAUAAAAGAGCAAGCAGUUCCGAUUAGAAGUCACCUCAUGGAAUUAGGCCUAACAGCAGCAAAAUUUGCUAGAAAACGGGGGAAUGUGUCACUUGCAACAAGACUGCUGGCACAGUGUAGUGAGGUCCAGCUGGGAAAGACCACCACUGCUCAGGAUUUAGUCCAGCACUUUAAAAAACUAUCAACUCAGGGGCAAGUGGAUGAAAAAUGGGGGCCUGAACUCGAUAUUGAAAAAACCAAAUUGCUAUAUACAGCAGGUCAGUCAGCACAUGCAAUGGAAAUGUUGAGUUCUUGUGCCAUAUCUUUCUGCAAGUCUGCCAAAGCGGAGUAUGCAGUUGCUAAGUCAAUUCUGACACUGGCUAAAUGGAUCCAGGCAGAAUGGAAAGAAAUUUCAGGGCAGCUGAAACAGGUUUACAGAGCUCAGCAACAACAGAACUUCACAGGUCUUUCUACUUUGUCUAAAAACAUACUCACUUUAAUAGAACUGCCGACGCUUAAUACAGUGGAUGUUAAUACAAUGGAAGAAGUCUAUCCUCGGAUUGAGAGCGAAUCUACAGUGCAUAUUGGAGUUGGAGAACCUGACUUCAUUCUGGGACAGUUAUAUCACCUGUCUUCAGUACAGGCACCUGAAGUAGCCAAAUCUUGGGCAGCCUUGGCUAGCUGGGCUUAUAGAUGGGGCAGAAAGGUGGUUGACAAUGCCAGUCAGGGAGAAGGUGUUCGUCUGCUGCCUAGAGAAAAAUCUGAAGUUCAAAAUCUGCUUCCGGACACUAUAACUGAUGAAGAAAAGGAGAGGAUAUAUGGUAUCCUUGGACAGGCUGUAUGUCGGCCAGCGGGAAUUCAGGAUGAAGACAUAACGCUUCAGAUAACAGAAAGUGAAGACAACGAGGAAGAUGAUAUGGUUGAUGUUAUCUGGCGCCAGUUAAUUUCAAGCUGCCCAUGGCUCUCAGAACUUGACGAAAGUGCAACAGAAGGAGUUAUUAAAGUAUGGAGGAAAGUUGUAGAUCGAAUCUUCAGCCUGUAUAAACUGUCUUGCAGCGCGUAUUUUACUUUCCUUAAACUCAAUGCGGGCCAGGUUCCUUUAGACGAAGAUGACCCCAGGCUACAUUUAAGUAAUAGAGCAGAGCAGAGCACUGAUGAUGUGAUUGUGAUGGCAACACUACGAUUGCUGCGGCUGCUUGUUAAGCACGCUGGCGAGUUGAGGCAGUUCCUGGAGCGUGGCUUGGAAAGAACACCUACCGCUCCGUGGAGAGGAAUUAUUCCACAGCUUUUCUCACGCUUAAACCACCCUGAAGUGUAUGUGCGCCAAAGUAUUUGCAACCUUCUCUGCCGUGUGGCUCAGGACUCUCCACAUCUCAUAUUGUAUCCUGCAAUAGUGGGUACCAUAUCUCUUAGUAGUGAAUCCCAGGCUUCAGGAAAUAAGUUCUCUUCUGCAAUCCCCACUUUGCUUGGCAAUAUUCAAGGAGAAGAAUUACUAGUUUCUGAAUGUGAGGGUGGAAGUCCUCCUGCUUCUCAGGAUAGCAGUAAGGAUGAGCCAAAAAGUGGACUAAAUGAAGACCAAGCCAUGAUGCAGGAUUGCUACAGCAAAAUUGUAGAUAAACUGUCCUCUGCAAACCCUACUAUGGUGCUACAGGUUCAGAUGCUCGUGGCUGAGCUGCGCCGGGUCACGGUUCUCUGGGACGAGCUCUGGUUGGGAGUUCUGUUACAGCAACACAUGUAUGUCCUGAGACGAAUUCAGCAGCUUGAAGAUGAGGUGAAGAGGGUCCAGAACAACAACACCUUACGCAAAGAAGAGAAAAUCGCGAUCAUGCGGGAGAAGCACACAGCUUUGAUGAAGCCCAUUGUGUUUGCUUUGGAGCAUGUGAAGAGCAUCACGGCGGCCCCUGCGGAAACACCCCACGAAAAAUGGUUUCAGGACAACUAUGGUGAUGCAAUUGAAAAUGCCCUAGAAAAGUUGAAGACACCGUCAAACCCUGCAAAGCCAGGAAGCAGCUGGAUUCCAUUUAAAGAGAUAAUGCUGAGUUUACAACAGAGAGCACAGAAACGUGCAAGUUACAUCUUGCGUCUUGAAGAAAUCAGUCCAUGGCUGGCUGCCAUGACUAACACUGAAAUUGCUCUUCCUGGAGAAGUCUCAGCCAGAGACACUGUCACAAUCCACAGUGUGGGUGGAACCAUCACUAUCUUGCCUACUAAGACCAAGCCAAAGAAACUUCUCUUUUUAGGAUCCGAUGGGAAGAGCUAUCCUUAUCUUUUCAAAGGCCUGGAGGAUUUACAUCUGGAUGAGAGAAUAAUGCAAUUUCUGUCAAUUGUGAAUACCAUGUUUGCCACGAUUAAUCGCCAGGAAACACCCCGUUUCCAUGCUCGACACUAUUCUGUAACACCCCUAGGAACCAGAUCAGGAUUAAUCCAGUGGGUGGAUGGAGCCACACCCUUAUUUGGUCUUUAUAAACGAUGGCAGCAGCGGGAAGCUGCCCUGCAAGCACAAAAGGCCCAAGAUUCCUACCAAACUCCUCAGAAUCCUGGAAUUGUACCCCGUCCUAGCGAACUUUAUUAUAGUAAAAUUGGUCCUGCUUUGAAAGCAGUUGGACUUAGUCUGGAUGUGUCUCGUCGGGAUUGGCCUCUUCAUGUGAUGAAGGCAGUGUUAGAGGAGUUAAUGGAGGCCACGCCCCCGAAUCUCCUUGCUAAAGAGCUGUGGUCCUCUUGUACAACGCCUGAUGAGUGGUGGAGAGUUACACAGUCUUAUGCACGAUCUACUGCAGUCAUGUCUAUGGUCGGAUACAUAAUUGGCCUUGGAGAUAGACAUCUGGAUAAUGUUCUCAUAGAUAUGACAACAGGAGAAGUUGUUCACAUAGAUUACAAUGUUUGCUUUGAGAAAGGUAAAAGCCUUAGAGUUCCUGAGAAAGUACCUUUUCGAAUGACGCAAAACAUUGAAACAGCACUGGGUGUAACUGGAGUAGAAGGUGUUUUUAGGCUUUCUUGUGAACAGGUUCUACACAUUAUGCGGCGUGGCAGAGAGACUCUGCUGACACUGCUGGAGGCGUUUGUGUAUGACCCCCUGGUGGACUGGACAGCUGGAGGCGAGGCAGGAUUUGCUGGUGCUGUCUAUGGUGGAGGUGGCCAGCAGGCUGAGAGCAAGCAGAGCAAGAGGGAGAUGGAACGCGAGAUCACCCGCAGCCUCUUCUCUUCCAGAGUAGCCGAAAUUAAGGUGAACUGGUUUAAGAACAGGGAUGAGAUGCUGGUUGUGUUGCCCAAGCUGGACAGCAGCUUAGAUGAAUACCUAAGCUUGCAGGAGCAACUGACAGAUGUGGAAAAACUACAGGGCAAACUGCUGGAGGAGAUAGAGUUUCUAGAAGGAGCCGAAGAGGUGGAUCAUCCUUCUCACACUCUACAACACAGGUAUUCUGAACACACACAGCUACAGACUCAGCAAAGAGCUGUUCAGGAAGCAAUCCAGGUGAAGUUGAAUGAAUUUGAACAGUGGAUAACACAUUAUCAAGCUGCAUUCAAUAAUUUAGAAGCAACACAGCUUGCAAGUUUGCUUCAGGAGAUAAGCACCCAAAUGGAUCUUGGUCCCCCAAGCUAUGUGCCAGCGACAGCGUUUCUGCAGAAUGCUGGUCAGGCCCACUUGAUUAGCCAGUGUGAGCAACUGGAGGGGGAGGUUGGCAGUUUUCUACAGCAGAGGCGUUCAGUCCUCCGCGGCUGCCUAGAACAGCUGCAUCACUAUGCAACCGUAGCCCUGCAGUAUCCCAAGGCCAUAUUCCAGAAACAUCGCAUUGAGCAGUGGAAGACCUGGAUGGAAGAGCUCAUCUGUAACACCACUGUAGAGCGCUGUCAGGAGCUCUAUAGGAAAUAUGAAAUGCAGUAUGCUCCCCAGCCACCCCCAACAGUGUGUCAGUUCAUCACCGCCACUGAAAUGACCCUGCAGCGGUAUGCUGCAGAUAUAAACAGCAGGCUUAUUAGACAGGUGGAACGCUUGAAACAAGAAGCUGUCACUGUGCCAGUUUGUGAAGAUCAGCUGAAAGAAAUUGAACGCUGCAUUAAAGUUUUUCUUCAUGAGAAUGGAGAAGAAGGCUCUUUGAGUCUAGCAAGUGUUAUUAUUUCUGCCCUUUGUACCCUUACAAGGCGUAACCUGAUGAUGGAAGGGGCGGCUUCGAGUGCUGGGGAGCAGCUGGUGGAUCUGACCUCUCGCGAUGGGGCCUGGUUCUUGGAAGAGCUCUGCAGUAUGAGUGGAAAUGUCACCUGCCUAGUUCAGCUGCUAAAGCAGUGCCGCCUCGUGCCACAGGACCUGGACAUACCUAACCCUGCGGAAGCAUCCGAGGCCGUUCACUUGGCCAAUGGAGUCUACACCUCACUUCAGGAGUUGAAUUCAAAUUUCCGGCAAAUCAUAUUUCCAGAAGCGCUCAGAUGUUUAAUGAAAGGGGAAUACACGUUAGAAAGUAUGCUUCAUGAACUGGACACUCUUAUUGAACAGACGACUGAUGGUGUUCCCCUGCAGACUCUGGUUGAAUCUCUUCAAGCCUAUUUGAGAAAUGCAGCUAUGGGACUUGAAGAAGAAACACACGCUCAUUACAUUGAUGUUGCCAGAAUACUGCAUGCUCAGUAUGGUGAGUUAAUCCAACCAAGGAAUGGUUCAGUUGAUGAAACACCAAAAAUGUCAGCUGGCCAGAUGCUUUUGGUAGCGUUUGAUGGCAUGUUUGCCCAAGUUGAAACUGCUUUUGGCUUAUUAGUUGAAAAGUUAAACAAGAUGGAGAUUCCUAUAGCUUGGCGAAAGAUUGACAUUAUAAGGGAAGCCAGGAGUACCCAAGUCAAUUUUUUUGAUGAUGAUAAUCACCGGCAGGUGCUAGAAGAGAUUUUCUUUCUAAAGAGACUGCAGACAAUUAAGGAGUUCUUCAGGCUCUGUGGUACUUUUUCAAAAACAUUGUCAGGAUCAAGCUCACUUGAAGAUCAAAAUACUGUAAAUGGACCUGUACAGAUUGUCAAUGUGAAAACCUUGUUUAGAAACUCUUGUUUUAGUGAAGACCAAAUGGCCAAACCUAUCAAGGCCUUCACAGCUGAUUUUGUGAGGCAGCUUUUAAUUGGACUGCCAAACCAAGCCCUGGGGCUCACACUUUGCAGUUUUAUCAGUGCUCUGGGAGUAGACAUCAUCGCGCAAGUAGAGGCAAAGGACUUUGGUGCUGAAAGCAAAGUUUCCGUGGACGAUCUGUGUAAGAAAGCGGUGGAGCAAAACAUCCAGGUUGGGAAGUUCUCUCAGUUGGUCAUGAACAGGGCAACGGUGUUAGCGAGCUCUUACGACACUGCCUGGAAGAAGCACGACCUGGUGCGAAGGCUGGAAACCAGCAUUUCUUCCUGUAAGACAAGCCUGCAGCGCGUUCAGCUGCAUAUUGCCAUGUUUCAGUGGCAACAUGAAGAUCUCCUUAUCAACCGACCACAAGCCAUGUCGGUCACACCUCCACCUCGGUCUGCUAUCCUAACCAGCAUGAAAAAGAAACUCCAUACUCUAAGCCAAAUUGAAACUUCAAUUGCAACAGUUCAGGAAAAACUAGCAACACUUGAAGCAAGUAUUGAGCAGCGACUCAAGUGGGCAGGUGGUGCCAAUCCUGCAUUGGCACCUGUUCUACAAGAUUUUGAAGCAACAAUAGCCGAAAGAAGAAAUCUUGUCCUUAAAGAGAGCCAAAGAGCAAGUCAGGUCACUUUCCUCUGCAGCAACAUCAUUCAUUUUGAAAGUUUACGAACUAGAACUGCAGAAGCCUUAAACCUGGAUGCAGCGUUAUUUGAACUAAUCAAACGGUGUCAGCAAAUGUGUUCAUUUGCAUCCCAGUUUAACAGCUCGGUCUCUGAGUUAGAGCUUCGCUUAUUACAGAGAGUGGACACCAGUCUUGAACAUCCUAUUGGCAGCUCUGAAUGGCUUUUGUCUGCACAUAAACAAUUGACCCAGGAUAUGUCUACUCAGAGGGCAGUUCAGACAGAGAAAGAACAGCAGAUAGAAACAAUCUGUGAAACAAUUCAGAAUCUGGUUGAUAAUAUAAAGACUGUGCUUACUGGUCAUAACCGACAGCUUGGAGAUGUCAAACAUCUCCUGAAAGCAAUGGCUAAGGAUGAAGAAGCUGCUCUGGCAGAUGGUGAAGAUGUUCCCUAUGAGAAUAGUGUUAGGCAGUUCUUGGGUGAAUAUAAAUCAUGGCAAGACAACAUUCAGACGGUGCUGUUUACAUUAGUCCAGGCCAUGGGUCAGGUUCGAAGUCAAGAACAUGUUGAAAUGCUCCAGGAAAUAACUCCCACCUUAAAAGAGCUGAAAACACAAAGUCAGAGUAUCUAUAAUAAUUUAGUGAGUUUUGCAUCACCCUUAGUCACCGAUGCAACAAAUGAAUGUUCAAGUCCAACAUCAUCUGCUACUUAUCAGCCAUCCUUUGCUGCAGCAGUCCGGAGCAACACUGGUCAGAAGACUCAGCCUGAUGUCAUGUCACAGAAUGCGAAAAAGCUGAUUCAGAAAAACCUUGCUACAUCAGCAGAUACUCCACCAAGCGCUGUUCCAGGAACUGGCAAGAGUGUUGCUUGUAGUCCUAAAAAGGCCGUCAGAGAUCCUAAAACUGGGAAAGCUGUGCAGGAGAGAAACUCGUAUGCGGUGAGCGUGUGGAAGAGAGUGAAAGCCAAGUUAGAGGGCCGAGAUGUCGAUCCAAAUAGGAGGAUGUCAGUUGCUGAACAGGUUGACUAUGUCAUUAAGGAAGCAACUAAUCUAGAUAACUUGGCUCAGCUGUAUGAAGGUUGGACAGCCUGGGUAUGAAUGGGAAGACAGGAGAUAAGUCUGGUUAAGCGAGGUCAGACAUCCACCAGAAUCAACUCAGCCUCAGGCAUCCAAAGCCACACCACAGUCGGUGGUGAUGCAACUGGGGGCUUACUCUGAGGAAACCUAGGAAAUCUCGGUGCACUAGGAAGUGAAUCCUGCAGGACAGCUGCACUCAGGGAUACGCCCAACACCAUGGCCUGCAACCCCAGGGUCAAGGGUGAAAGAAAGAAAGCUCACCGCCUGAACACGGAGAUUGUCUUUCUGCCACAGAACAGCUGCAAACGUGUCAGGAGGUUAGCUGCAGGAAGAAGGAUGCCGCGGAGCACAGAGUGAUUUGGAACUUCAUUCCACCUGACCCUGUGUGUACAAUCCAGGAAAAAACAAACCCCGCUCAGAAACAGAGAAAACUGGGGCCGCGAAGAAAUCACAGCCAAGGAAGAUUUGAUGCAUUCAGAUUCUCGAGUUACACUUGUUGCUCGGCAACAGUACUGGUUGGGUUGACCAGUAAGUACAAAAAGGCUAUGCGAUUGGAAUUUCAGAAAUGGACUGAAAAUGGAGAGCUAUGUAACAGAUACACUACAUUGGAAGAACUUACUUCUGAAAUGAAGGGGAAAAAAAACAAAAAAACCACCCUAUUGCCCCCACUUCUCCCCCUUCCCACCCGUUCCCCUUUUACCCAAUCUAGUAGAUUAGCCAUCUUUCGAAUUCACUUUUAUUUCAAUCCAUGUAUUUUAUAUACUUCCAUCUCGAUGCUGUUAACAACUUGUAUUUGGAGUGAUAAACAGAAAUUUCUCCACAACCACUGAUUUUACAUGGAAAAUUCAAGGAUUGUUUAAAGGUCUGAUGAUCACACAAUGUAAUUCUGGUUAUUUAAGUCAUUUCUGUGAUCCUAUCAUGUACAGUUUCCCAGAAUUGUCACUGUGCAUUCAAAAGCAAUGAAUCUGACAGACAUUUGAUUUCAUGUACACCCCCUUUUCUUCUAGUGUACAUUUUUUGGGGUCAUUCAGAUUUUCCCUCUUCUGUGAUUGCUGUAGUUUUUUUUUUUUUUUCAUAGGAAGUAGCUAAUCUAAUGUAAUCUUUUACCUUUUUAAAAGCCAGGAUAGAGUAUCUAUUACAGUUUUACAUUGUUGAUGACAGAUUAACAAUAAAGCGAUGUUCUGGUGGAGGUAGAGUGAAAUGUUUUUUUAAUUCAGUUUUCUCGUUUGAUACUUUUAAUUUACAAGGUGUAAAUUAAAAGUGCUUUAGUUUACCUGGCAUUUUAGGACGUGCACAUGAAACAUCAGCCAAAGUGAGAACCACCAACAUCUUAUAUUAAGUUCAGUUAUUAGUCUGUGAAGUACUUCAUUUUCUGCACAAUUUUAAUAGUUCACUGUUUGGUAAUACAUUAUAGCAAAUUCAUGAUCAAGGUUUCCUUAAAUUUAGCAUUGCAUUUCAGUACUGGACUGGCUGUGUAAGCUAAAUCGUUGAUCCAAGAUAAAAAUCCAGGCUUGAAUAGGAUUCUCAAAAUCACGUGUUAACUCAAAGUAAAACACAAUUCCUGCAUUUUAGAGAUCAGGUCAGUGGCUGUUUUCUAGUGGCCAGGCUUCACAGACAAAUUUGAGAAGUAUUAAGGAAAAAUUCCAUGUAGCUCUGGGCCUUUUCUGUGUUCUUAUUACCACAGUAACCUAUAAUCUUUAAAUACCCAUGAGAAAAUGCAUUUCAGUAUCAGUGCUUUCUUAAUACUUUAUCAAGUAUUGGAAGAAAGGUGGUGUUUUUUUAAUACCCUGUAUUAUAGCAAGUUAAGGAACCGAUCACAUCAAAUUUUAUUUUUUUUCAUUUUGAACCUUCUUUUUAUAAACAAAACAACCUAGCUGGAAUAACAAUGCCAUAUUGUAUUUUGCACACUGCUUUAUUUCCCGGCGGCUGUAGGAGCUGUUGCAGCCAUCACUGGAUUACCUCUGCUCUCUGGAGAUGGAAUGUCUUCUCAGUAACGUUCUUUAUUGUCACAAGAGAAACCUUCUAUCACAAUUAAAAAACCUGUUCACACUAGUUUGUCCCAAUAGGCAGUACUCAGACAGACAUUGCUUCCUUUUCGGCAAAGAAAAUAAAUGAAAUAGGUGAAUUUUAUUGCCUGUGAGUGUCAGGCUUCAGAGGCAGGCACCUGGCUCCUUAUCCGAGCAAAAAGGAAACGUGCCUCUGGUAAAUUAUGCAUCAUUUUUAUUUUAAAGUGGUCCCUCAGAGAAUAGUGUGGCCUCUAUGUGUUUAGUUGUGGGGCAGACAGGGGUAAGCGAUGACUUCAAAGCUUGGUAUUUACCGCACUCUGGACAAGCAGACUCUAGUCUGUACAGCUUGGUUUCCUCUGGGAUGUCAUUCUGCAAGUAGCCUUACUAUUUUGGACUGUUGUAAGAGAACUCAACAGUUAGGGAUUUAAUCGGAGGUAAACGGUCCUGGUGAUACCUCAGAUUGAGAGACAGGGCUAUAUUUUGGGGAUUAUCUUAUAAAGUAAUCUAGUUAGAGUGCUUCACUAAGAAGUCAUGGAUUUUUGAUGACACACAAAAUACCUGUGGAAAACCAGGGAUCCUCUCUCUUUCUCCUGUGUUCUUUUUCUGUCACCCAUCCCCUUUUCUCUCCCUCCCUGUCUGUCUUUCUAAGAUUCAGGGGUACAGAAUAACUUUCAAACAACCGCUUCUACUGAAAGUACCCUUGGAAACAGAAGUUUAUCUUCAGUGUUUAAUUUGCUAGAUUUACCUAAUUUUUAAAAUUGAUUUUUGUCUACAAAGCUCUGGCGGCGUAGCAGUUUAUGGAGCUGUCUGUGUUUCUCUUUUACUCUUUCUUUGGUUUGUCUUGCCGUGUCUGGUCAUGAGUUCUUAGUUUGCUAGGUGAUAAUAUGAAGAUUCUUUUGUGUCUGAGUACUUGUGGUGAGUUGUUUUAUGUAAGAUUUCUGUGUGACAACUGAUAAUCAGGCUCUUGAUCUGCUUCCUUAAAUUGCUUUCUUAGAGCCCAAACCCCAGGUUUAGGGCCAUAGUUUGUCAUGCAAAGAAACACUUUGAUCACUUCUGCCCUUAACACUUGCCUCUGUUACUUAAGGAGUAGUUUUCUUAAUAUCGUCCAAUGUUUGGUGUUAUCUGCAUUUUUUGUUUUGUUUUUUAAUUGUGGUUGUUCUAAUGUGUGAAAUUUAAGGAAAGAGCCAUUAAAAAAUGCUGAGCAGGGCAAUGCAAGUACAGCCAAAUAUUAGAGUUGAUGUGCAGUCUUAGGUUCUUUUUAAUCUGGGGUAUUAUAGGCAGUACUUUAAAUGGGAAAGUCUUCCUGGCCUAUUUUGCCCCACAUUUUUGUAGUUACUCUAGGGGCUUACUUGUUUUGGCAGUGCUAAAAUCAAAGGAGCUGGUUCCUCUUGUGUUCUCAAUUCUUAUUUAAGAAAACACCCAUAAUUAGCCUGUAGGUUCUAUUCAUAUACAUACAUCAAAAAUCAGUGAAGGUUUUUUUUUUUUUUUUUAGCACAUUUAAGUAUCUUUGUUACAGAAAAUUACAUGAGGAUAAAAACCAAUGUCCUUCCAUUCUGUAUCUUGUUGGACUUGUAAAAUGCCAGUAAUUUAGAAACCCACUCCCCCAUCCCUCCCUUAAAUCAAGGAGGUAGAAUAUAUUAUUAACGUAAGGGUCAACUAAAGCAAGUAAAUUUUGUUUUCAAUAUUUGGGUCGUAUCAGGAAGGUUCUUCCUAUGGGAAAAAACUAGCUAGCGUCACAACAUUUUGCAAACAUUGGGGAGGGGAAAUGCAUGGCAUUAUGAAACUCUGAGGAUCUAUUCCAGUUUUCCUGUUUUUUUGGCCCGGAUAGCAAUGUCACCGUUCCUUAUUUACAAAAGGGCAAAUUGACUCUAAUCGAGAGAAGCUUGAUAGGUCCAAAAAGGUUAGUUGUACAACAUGAACCACUUAAGAGUCUCCUGCUUUCCAUGGGAAUUUGGCUGAACUUACUAGGGAAAAAUUGUUGUGCUAAGUAACAUACAAAGGCCCUAAAAUAGCUUGAUUUUUUUUUUUUUUUAAAAGAUGGUAAGCUUAAGGAAUUGCAUGUUGUUCUGAAAUGCAGAAUUAUAGAGUGUUUUUCUUUUAAAACAGGCUGAUUACAUAUAUUGUUUUGCUGUUUUUUUUUCCGCCCCUGGCAAAGUUUGAGCUCCUAUUUAAAGUUCUUGUGUCAGUUAUUUUUCUGGUUUAAAUUUUCCUUAUAUUUCCACCUGUAAUGUCAGUGGCAGUGACAUCAUACUUGUUUACUUUUUACCCUUAUAAGAGCAAAUUGAGUUGAACUGAAUCUUCCUUGUCCUAGUAACAUUGUAUAAAUAAAUGAAAGAAGUGGCUUCUCUGUACAAAAGGUGGUAAUGCCUCCUGAUGGAUAUAAUUUUGUGAUUGUAUUUAAGAUUAAAAGUUGAAUAAAUCACACCAGCUUCCUGAAAAUGUUCAUAAUGCAUCUUUUGGAAAACAAAAAUACCUGCCUACUUCGUGCAGAUUUGCAUUAACAUGGCAAAGAUUGUAUGAAAUACCUGUUUUUCAAAAAAAUAAAGGUUCAGUCUCAAAAGAUGUAGCAUUUAAACUCUGGAUUUAUUGGUCAAAGUAGAUUCUACUUUGGGACAUGGGUUGCCUUUUUUUUUUUUUUUUAAAGCAGCAAUAUCUUAAAAAAAUUUUUUUUUACCCUCAAAGUUCUAUAAUUGAACAGCAGUGGAAAUUUUACUUCAAUGGGAAAGUUCUUAGUCUUAAGGAUCAAUUUGAUUAAGCUUAAUUUUGGCAGUACUUCAUAACAAUACUCCCAAAGGUCAUUACUGGCAUAAAAGAAGAUGUGAAGUGUAUAUUCCCUCGGAUGUGAAAGUUCUGAAGAAAAAUGGCAUUAAAAUGCCCAACUUGUUUUGGUAUUUGAAGUUGACAUUUCUUGGUGCUAGAUGUUACUACCACCCAUCUGCCAGCUUGCCUUACUGUGGUGGCUUGCAUGUUGCUAUGAUGCUGGGAGCUCUGCCACUGGUUAUUUCAAAUACCAGCAGGGUCACUCAUGGUGGACAGGUUUCAGUGGAUCUUACAGACUUAAGAAACUAGGAAGAAAGGCCUGGUGGUCUGCUUCCGAAAAUUAGCCAAUGAAAACCCUGUGGAUCACAACAGAAUAUUGUCUUGAUACAGUGCUGAAAGAUGAGUCCCUUGGGUUGGAAGUUCACUCAAAAUACACAGUGGCAGCAACAAGGGACUCAAGCAUGUUGAGCAUGCUAACAAUUGGGAGAUAGCACAGGACUGGAGGACAUUUCCUGUUGCACAUGGGGUCGACUCAGUGGCGACUAACAAAAGCAACAGGAUUUGUGUUAAUUGCUCAGUCACGUGGCAUAUUUCAAAAGCUCACAUCCUGUCUAGAGUACAGAUACAGCUCAGAAGGAAAGCUACUGUGUAGUUUUUGUUUUUAAUUAGGCCAAUUCAAAGUCUUAGUGACAGACUGUAUAGCAGUGCCCCUAGGCUGUGAAUUUGGAAAUAGGUUUGGGAACACAUUCCUUGAGUAACAAUACUCCUUGGAGAACCCAUGCUCUUUGAGUUGUCUUUUUUUUUCUUUUUUUUUUUUCCAGCUGCCUCACUUUCACAAUCUGGUUUUAAGAAAGCCGUCUUAAGCAGUACACAGGGAACUUGGGUGAAACCAGAAGCAUUUGGUAGCAAAAGCGGAUUUCUCAAGAAAUGUCGGCUUUUAAAGCCUACUAAAAGCUCUAUGUCUUCUCUGGAUAUGGGUGUUGCUGAGCCUACAGUGAGAUUGUGCACUCAUAAUUUUUACUAAUUAUGUGAAUUGCUGCUGAUUGUUUAGGUCCUUUUGCCUUUUAUCUUUCUUUUGAAGAGGUGGGGGAGGGCCUGCCCCUCAAACUCCAUAGCUUUCAAAUACCCCUAAAUGGGGUCUGUAUUUUUUUCCUCAACAUCUCCCAAAGGAGAACUUACUGGGGAGUUCCUUUUCCUUGCAAAGCUUGUUUCGCAAGUGUUUUAUCAGACCCAAAUGCUUAAUUUUUUCUCCAAGAUACACAGAAAAUUUCAUAGCCUUUCAUGAAAUUCGCAAUGCUCCUGCCUCUGCCUGGCUUUCUUGAGGCAGUAUGUGGUCCGAACUAUGUUCUUUAACGUAUCUUUUUGCCUUCCUUUCUUUGAACUGUUAAGAACCUGGUAAUUAAUGAAUAUGCUUAAAAGAAAAAAAAAAGGAUAAAAGUUGGAAGUUAAACACUGUGGUUAACUUACCUGAAACAACAUCUGACCAGGCAACUUUUUUUUUUGGUAUUGAAUAAUAAUCAAAGCACUUGUUAAUACAUUUUGAAAUCCUAAAUAGAAAAAGACUUAAAAGUGUCUCUCAUAGUUCUACUUCCUAAAUUGCUUGUAAAGGGGUUUACAUCUUAACAUGACCUCUCGUGUAAAACCAAUCCCUUUUUGGAGAUGGAGCGUAUAGUUUCUCUAAGAAAACGCUCCACAGUUUCCCCCAAAGUCCUCAUGUAAAUAAGCCAACUUUAUAAAUCGGUGCAUUUUUCACGGGUUCUCAAGAGACUACGACCCCUCUCCACCACCCUUUUUUUCCCCAAGCCAAGGCCUUAUCGCUAACUCGGUAGGAGAGAAAAAUUGCAGCAAAAUCUAUGUAAAUGCUUUUACUUGUCCACAAAAAAAAUCACGAUGUGGGCACAAGUCACAAAUCUGAGCUAAACUGCUCAGUGACAUACCAAGGGGAAGAGAGAAGGGAUUUUUAGGCGGGGCCGUGGAGGGGUACUGGUCUGAUGGGCUCCGGUGCCCACCGACCGCCCUAACCACAAUGAGGUUAAGGGCCACAUCCCCUUCUCCGCCUGGUCCUGCACAGCAGAGGGGCUCCUUAACCGCAUUGGGGCUCAGGGGAAGAGGGUGCGAGAGCUGCCCAUGCGUCAAUUACAGGGAUACCAACGCUGAAACAAGCCCCUGGCAACGACCGUUCAACCGCUUCCGAGAGCUCAGGGUGGGCCGAGCACAUUUCCUGGGCGCUGAUUGGCUACUCCCUGUCCCAGCCUCCUCGGCCGGCUCAGCCUGUCUCUCCUUUGGCCUCGAUUUCAAGCCAUGCGCUGGGCAACGGUUGGUCCGGCUACCCUUCGGCUUGAGCUCGAUCUGCCCAAUGAGGAGGGAGCCUCGCGGAGGCUGUCGGGAAAGGCAGCCUGCCUAUAUAAGCACUUGCGGGCCGUACGCUGGCGCUGAGGUCGCCGUGAAAGCUCGGGGCGAGGUUUUUCUGGAAGGAGCCUUGAGCUGGCUUAGGCGGCACCUCAGGGACGAUGGCGGAGGGCGAUAAUCGCAGCACCAACCUGCUGGUGAGUAGCGGCGGGCCAUCGCGAGGAAACUGAGCAGGGCUUCCGGAUUUCGGCGGGCCCAAACCGGCGACUGCAGCGGCCUC